UUUCUUUUUCAUCGUGUCUUCGAAGAGAGAACACAAGGCAGUAACAUAAAAAUUAAUUAUGUCAUCGAAGGUUUCGAAAGAUAUCCUUUACGAAUGCGUAAAUGAAAUUCUGAAAAGUUCACAGGAGAAGAAACGUAACUUCCUCGAAACUGUGGAACUUCAAAUUGGACUUAAGAAUUAUGAUCCCCAGAAGGACAAGCGUUUCAGCGGAACUGUCAAGUAUGUUGAAAACUAUUGAUUGAAGUUUAUUCCACGACCAAAAAUGCAGGUGUGCAUCUUGGGAGAUCAACAGCAUUGCGAUGAAGCUAAAGCAAAUGAUGUUCCAUUUAUGGAUGCUGAAGCUUUGAAGAAACUCAACAAGAACAAGAAGUUGGUUAAGAAGCUCGCUAAGAAAUACGAUGCUUUCCUUGCUUCCGAAUCACUCAUCAAACAAAUUCCAAGAUUGUUGGGUCCUGGUUUGAACAAGGCCGGUAAAUUUCCGGGUUUGUUGGCUCACUCCGAGUCUAUGACCCAGAAGAUUGACGAAGUCAAAGCUACCAUUAAGUUCCAAAUGAAGAAAGUUUUGUGCUUGUCUGUUGCUGUCGGUCAUGUCAACAUGACAUCUGAUGAGCUUGCUCAAAAUGUUCACUUAUUUACUAGCAAUAUGCCGAUGCAAGUGCCAAUAUGUCCGCCACCAGUAGAUUUUUCGGUUCCACCUCCUACAUUAAAUGAAAUGUCAAGAAAUUAUUCUAUUGAGAAUAAAAAUCAACAACAAAUAACAAAACGUGAAGUAAGUCCCGGAGGGAUGUUAAGAAAUCGUCAUAUGGAUCAUAAUAGAUUUAAUCAAGGACCACGUUAUAGUGGAAUGAGAGAUAAUAGAAGUUUUUCACGACAUGAAAAUUACUCGUCAAGAAAACGAUCCAGAGAACGGUCAGGAGAAAGUUACAAGCAUAGAAGAAGUAGAUCUCGAAGUCCUUCUAAAUAUUCUAAAAAAAGAUCACCAAGUUACAGAUCAUCUCGAACGUCAUCUUAUCAAAAUCGUGGAAAUACUUCCAGAUCUGAACCUCGAAAUCGAUUUUCACCGAAACGAGAAAGAAGAGAGAAUCGAGAUACAUCAAGACAAUCAACAAAGUCUUCAAGAGACCGUGAACAAACUGAACGUGAACGUCUUCUCGUAAAAUGGCGAAAAAACUUUUGCGAGACAUCUGAACAAAUAUCUAAGAAAUUGCAAGAAAUGGCAAACGAUGAGGAACAAAGUUCAUGGAUUCGCUCAUCACCAGCUGAUAUUUAUUACAGAAGAGUUAAGGAAUCUGUAGUUGAAUCAACACCUCGUAUGGAUGCUUUAUGUACACUAUUCGAAGAAGAAUUAUUGAAACGUGCCGAGCGUGCUAAAGCCAAACAAGCUCCUUAUAAUGCUCCAUCAAGAUUAAGAAGAAUUCGAGUUUGUCGUCAUAAAUCUGAGAAAUGUUCAUCAUCAGAUUCAUCAUCAAAUGAUGAACUUGAGGAAGAUCGAACGAUGGAAGAGUUGUCAAGAAAAACUCAACAUCCUUAUCGUCUUCAUUCCGAUCUUUGGCAUAAUGAAAGUGGAGAAAUGAAUGAUGGUCCACUAUGUCGUUGUUCAGCUAAGUCACGACGUGUUGGGAUUCGUCACGGAAUGUAUCCCGGCGAGACUGGAUUUCCCAAAUGUCAACCAAACUCAAACAACGCUGACAAACUUUAUCAUUAUCGAAUUACAAUUUCACCUCCAACAAAUUUCCUCACAAAAACUCCAACAAUCAUCAAAUAUGAUGAACACGAAUUUCUUUUCGAAGGAUUUUCAUUGUUAACACACGAGAAGAUUGGAAGCGAAUUGCCGAUUUGUAAAGUUAUAAGAUUCAACAUUGAAUACACUAUUGCUUAUGUUGAAGAGAAGUUGCCGGAAAAUUUCACGAUUCGUGAACUUGAUUUGUUUUUCAAUUAUCUUUUCAUUGAGCUACUGGAAUUGGUUGACUUUUCAUUGAAACCUUCAUUUGCUGGUGAUGAUGACACAUGUCAAUGUUAUCAUUUCUAUCCACGAUUCGUUCGAGAUCUUCCAGAUAAUGGGAAAGAAGUGUUGGCAAUGAGCGAAGUUCUUCGUUAUCUGCUCGAUAAUUCUGGACCUGUUGUGGAUCAAAAGACGCUGAGGGAGAUGGAUUCAAUGAAACAAUACGAUUGGCAGGAUUAUGUCGACACAAUUAAAGGAAUGGUUGUGACAAAUCCUGGAAUGAAACCAUGUUCAGUGAGAAUUGAUCAAUUAGAUCGAUCAACUGCUGACAUUCCUGAAAGUGUCGAUGAAAAUGGAAUCAAACAUCCAGUAAUUGUUCACUUUGGCAUUCGUCCACCUCAAUUGAGUUAUGCUGGAAAUCCUGAAUAUCAGAAAGCAUGGCGUGAAUAUGUAAAAUUUCGUCACUUAAUCGCCAACAUGUCAAAGCCUUCAUUUGAAGAUAAAAGAAAACUUGAAGCGAAGGAAAAUCGACUUCAAGAGAUGAGAACGCAAGGAAGAAUGAAGAGAAAUGUUACAGUUGCAGUUUUGUCAAAGAAUUUCUUUCGAACUGGAAUAAUGUGUGACAUUGUUCAACACGCAAUGCUUAUUCCUGUCCUCACAACGCAUCUUCGCUUUCAUCGGUCACUUGAAGCACUCGAAAAGACGAUUGGAUAUAAUUUUCAGAAUCGUUAUUUGCUUCAACUUGCUUUAACUCAUCCUUCGUAUAAAGAAAACUUUGGAACGAAUCCUGAUCAUGCACGAAAUAGUUUAACUAAUUGCGGGAUUCGACAGCCAGAAUAUGGAGAUAAAAAGAUUCAUUACAUGAACAGAAGAAAGAGAGGAAUCAACACAUUGAUCAGCAUCAUGUCACGUUUUGGAAAAGAACAUGAAACUGACAGCAACAUCACACAUAAUGAACGACUUGAGUUCCUUGGCGAUGCUGUCGUUGAGUUCAUAACUUCGAUUCAUUUAUUUCAUUUGUUUCCCGAUCUUGAAGAAGGAGGUUUGGCAACUUAUAGAGCUGCAAUUGUUCAAAAUCAACAUCUGGCAGUGCUGGCAAAGCGUUUGGGAUUGGAGAACUUUAUGUUGUAUGCUCAUGGAUCGGAUUUGUGUCAUGAACUUGAACUUCGUCAUGCAAUGGCGAAUUGCUUCGAAGCUAUGAUGGGAUCUUUGUUUCUUGAUGGCGAUAUAAAAAUUGCUGAUAAAGUCUUUUCCAUUGCACUCAUGGAUGAUUUGGAAUUGAAGGACAUUUGGGAUAAUUAUCCACGUCAUCCAUUACAAGAACAAGAACCAAACGGUGAUCGACAAUGGAUUGAAUCGUUUGAAUUGUUAAAGAAUUUAAGGAAUUUUGAAGAAGCGAUUGGUGUGGAAUUUACGCACAUUCGAUUGUUAGCACGAGCUUUUACAGAUCGAUCGAUUGGAUACACAAAUUUAACGUUGGGAUCGAAUCAAAGAUUGGAAUUUCUUGGGGACACAGUUCUUCAAUUAAUUUGUUCCGAAUUUCUUUAUCGACAUUUUCCUGAACAUCAUGAAGGACAUUUGUCGCUUCUAAGAAGUUCGUUAGUCAAUAAUCGAACGCAAGCUGUGGUUUGUGAUGAUCUUGGAAUGACAAAAUUUGCAGUUUAUUCAAAUCCAAAAGCUGAUCUUAAGACGAAAGAUCGUGCAGAUUUACUUGAAGCUUUUCUCGGUUCACUUUAUGUUGAUAAAGAUCUUGAAUAUUGUGAGACAUUUUGUCAUGUUUGUUUGUUUCCUCGUCUGCAAGAUUUCAUCAUGAAUCAAGAUUGGAAUGAUCCGAAAUCGAAACUUCAGCAAUGUUGUUUAACAUUGAGAACGAUGGAUGGAAAUGAACCUGACAUUCCUUACUAUAAAGUUGUUGAAAGUACUGGGCCAACAAACACUCGUGUGUAUAAAGUUGCAGUUUAUUUCCGUGACAAAAGACUUGCAAGUUCAACUGGUCACAGCAUACAACAAGCUGAGAUGAAUGCAGCGAAAAAAGCGCUUGAAAACUCAAAGAAUCUCUUCCCACAACUUGAUCAUCAGAAACGUGUUAUUGCAAAUAGCUUGAAGCAACAGAAAGUGAAGAGAAAGCCUCGUGAUUUAGACAAUUCAGCGGAAAGUGCGAGUGGUGAAGAAGCGAUGACAAAACAACAAUCAAGCGAUGGCGAAUCUCGUUUACCAAAACAAUAUCAGAAACGAAUUAAUAUCAUCUCAGAUGCUUCUGAUAUCAGCAGCUCGUCACUUGAUGACAGUGACUUGGGAGAUGAUUCAAGAAAUUCCUUUAACAAUGAUAGUGUAACAAGAAAACGAAAACAAACUGACGACGACGAUGUUGAAUUUGAAAAGAAUGAAAAUGAACAGCAAACAAUUAAUUUUGAUGUCAAAGAACAACUUCCAGUUGAAGACGUUUACAGCGAGCUUUCUGAUGGUGAACUCGAAGAUGAAUAAAUACAUCGAAAUCAUUGAAAUAUUUUAUAAAUAGUGAGAAAUUGAAUAAAAUUGGAU